CAUGACUGAUCAGGAGACCCCUGAGAAUACGGAGGUGCCCAUCACACCUGCUGUACGCCCCAAACAGGCAUCUCACCAGGGACGCAGAGUGGGCAAAAUCUCCAACUCCAACGGGAAUGAAGAGAUCGCAGAGUUUGAGCCUUUCAUGCUCAUGCCUAGAGGUCCCCCACCGCUUACUGAGUAUCUGGAUGUCUGGGAUGUCAAUAUGCUCAAACAGCCAUAUGAGGAGAACAAGCAGAGGCAUCACACACACCUCUACUCAAAUGACAACUUGAUCGUACGCCGGGCCCAGGAGUUCCUUAUCAAAAUCACCUUCAACCGUCCUUUCAAUCCUGGAAAGGACAAGUUUGCUAUUGAAUUUGCUAUUGGUGCUGGAGCACAGUACAGUAAAGGAACCUACAUCCCUGUCUUCCCGACUGCGGAGCGGCAGAGUGUGUGGCGUGGCCAGAUAGUAGAGAGCUCAGACAAUGUUGUCACCAUGGGCAUAACCCCCACGCCCGACUGCAUUGUGGGAAAGUACAGGAUGCAUGUUGCUGUGGUCACUCCAUAUGGCAUUCGGAGGACUAGGAGGGACCCAACAUUGGACACGUAUAUAAUCUUCAACCCCUGGUCAACAGGUGACACUGUAUACCUGGAUGAUGAAGAGGAGAGGGAGGAGUGUGUGAUGAAUGAAUUGGGCAUCAUUUAUCAUGGCGCGUACGAUGACGUGUCUGAACGUCCCUGGAACUAUGGACAGUUUGAGUUCGGCGUUCUGGAUGCGUGUCUGUUUAUCUUGGAUAAAGCUGAAAUGCCUCUCACUAACCGUGGAGAUCCUAUCAAAAUCAGCAGGAAGGGCUCAGCUAUGCUGAACUCACGUGAUGAUGAUGGAGUCCUGCUGGGAAACUGGAGUGGUGAUUACAUGUAUGGUGUGGCACCCACCUCCUGGACAGGCAGUGUGGAGAUCCUCCUGGACUAUGCUGGAAGUCGAGGACAAUCAGUUGGUUAUGCUCAGUGUUGGGUCUAUGCUGCAGUGUUUAAUACUUUUUUACGCUGCCUGGGUAUCCCUAGCAGAGUGGUUACUAACUUCUUCUCUGCUCACGACAACAAUGGAAACCUGAAGAUGGACAUUAUAUUGGAUGAAAAUGGCAAAGUGGACAGAAAUCACACCAAGGACUCCAUCUGGAAUUAUCAUUGCUGGAAUGAGUGCUUCAUGGCCAGACCUGAUCUACCUGAAGGCUUGGGGUGGCAGGUUGUGGAUGCUACACCACAGGAGACCAGUGACGGUAUGUACCGUUGUGGACCUGCAUCUGUGGCAGCCAUUAAACAUGGUCAAGUCUGCUAUCCUUUUGAUGCCCCAUUUGUGUUUGCAGAGGUGAACAGUGACUUGGUGUACUACAUUAGAAGCAAAGAUGGCACACUCGAACCAGUGAAGGUAAACACCAGUUAUGUGGGCCGCAUGGUGCUGACCAAAGCAGUACUGGAUAAAGGGAGGAGAGAUAUCAUCAACAAUUACAAGUUCCCUGAAGGCACUGCAGAGGAACGCAGGGUUCUGGAAAAAGCAGAGGAAUUUGGCUGUCAGCGGGAGAAGGCUGUUGUGUCUCAGGCAGAUGUGGAGGUAGAGAUUGUUACUCAGGAGGUGCAGCGGGGUGAUGAUUUUACCCUGGAGUUGCGAUUUACCAAUCGCAGCAGUCAGCAACGUGUAUUGGACAUUUACAUCAGUGGUAAUGUGGUCUACUAUACAGGAGUGCCGAGUGCUGAGGUCAUCUUCGAAACUCCAGUUGUAAAACUGGGGCCGCAGGAGAAUAAAACCGAAAAAGUUGUGGUGCGCGGUGAGGACUAUCAGAGUAAACUGGUGGAACAGGGGAAUCUGCACUUCAUCGCUACUGGGAAAGUGCAGGAGACAGGGCGAAUCAUAACCGCCAUGAGGGUUGUCAAUGUGCACAAUCCCAAACUUACUGUGCAGGUUACUGGUUCUGCCAAAGUGUCUGAAGAGAUGUAUGUGACAGUGGAGUUCACUAACCCCUUCAAAUUCAGUUUGGAAAAUGUGUAUGUGCGUGUGGAGGGCUCUGGCAUCAUGUCAAUCAAUACUAAACUGUACAGAAUAAUUGGUCCAGGCAGCUCGAUAAGUUGGACGGAGCGCUUCAGUCCUCGAAGGGCAGGAACCACCAAACUGAUGGCCAGCCUGGACUGUGCUGCUCUCAGGCAGGUGUAUGGGGAGGUGGAGGUCACCAUCAAGCCAUAAAGUCCUGUGAAAGAGGGACAGGACCUGUCUUUAUAAUGCUCAUGUUAACUAAAAAAAACAAUUAUAGUAUAUUUUUAAACCCGAAAAAUGUCUUAGAGCAAGCAACAUGUUACAUUAUUUGCCUUUGCACUUUUUGAAAAACAUGUAAGCAUAAUAGAGAGCUGGAUAUUAAAUAAAGCACAUUCAAAAAACAAUCAUCAUAUUUCAAAAUGCAAAUGGAAAAAAGACCAAAUUCUUUGACAGUAAAGAUAGUAAAAAGGCAUUAAAUCUGAAAAUAUAAUAAUUUUCAUCUGUAUUUUGGCAAAUCUUUUUUUUAUAUAAUGAUUUUAUAUAAUGAUGAACUUAUUGCAUGAAUUACUAACUAAAGUUACUUAGCCUUAGCUGUAUCAAGCAAGUUUAUAAUUCAUCUCCACCAGAGAUAUCUGUAGGCUCUAAUGUACCUGGGUCUAUUUACUAAUAAUACUAUAUAACUAAUACUAAAACUAAUAAAACUAUAUAAACAAACAUUGUAAAUCACAGUGACUAUGAACAUACACUAUUAUGGAUGAUGUAAAUACAUCUCACAACUCAAAAUACCCAUGUUAAUCUGACCCACAAGCAUCAUACAUGACUACAGCUAUUGUUGCAUUUCAUGGAAUGUGAAUCCUGAUUCAUAUAAUCAUCAAGGUUAAGUCAAAAGUGAUGAAUGGGUGAAAAAAUACUCAUUUAUUCUUCCUGCAUUGAGCUGUACAAGGCAUGUGUGUUUUAUUUGCUCGGAUUCUGUUGUGGUUGUCAAAUGUGGAAACAUUAAACGCCAUUAUGAAACUAAA